AUGAUAUUACGGGAGCAGAUCGAUCUGCUAAUAUAUAAAAGAGAGGAUGAUAAUAAUGGCAAUGGAGAAGCCAUUACAGAUGAUGAUCCGUUUAGCUCUUCCUCAUGGAGAUGGGGAAGAUGGAUUUUUUUUAUUUUUUUCAUAGUUGCACUUCUUAUACUUUUAUUUUCAACUGCAAAAGUGAAUAGAAGAAGACGAAUUAUGGGCCAAGCUCCCAUUAGGGGAACCGCUUGGUUAACUCCGCCUACCUACAGACAGUCCGAGAGAGAUUACAAUGGCACACAGCGUUGCGUUGAAGACUAUGUUCCUGAAUAUACAGAAACGGCAAAUGAGAAUGAUUUAGGGUUUUAUGACGAACGGGGAGAGUUCCAUCCUAAUGGUAAAACAGAAUAUUUAGCACCGCCGCCCUUAUCGGAAGACCAAGCUAGCUCGGCUGAUAAAGAUUUACAGCGCCCAGUGGCUGCCGUUGUACGAAUUCCCAGUGAAAGUGAAUUCGACUUGAAUCUGCUAAGACCUACGAUGAAUAACUUCGUUAAUGGUCAGAGUAAUCGCAACGAGCAGCAUUCUCCCACCGUUGAAUCGUCUUCUCUUGACGUCAGUAGUGCACCAGCAAGAGCGAAAAUAAGUAGGUGA